AUGUCAUCAUCACACGAUUUGGAGCACAAUCCCGAUGGGAUGGAGCUUCAGGCUCCAUCCAGAGAAUUCGAGCCAAGAGAUAUAAAACUUCUGAAGAAGUUUCGCGGGAGGGUCGAUGAAGUAUCGAUUCUUAAGAUGUUUCGAGAGUUUGUUGAGAGAAAAGAAGAGGUAACAACCAAUCGUGAAGAGUAUCUCAGAAUGAAGUUUCGUGAGGUGUAUCCGAAACUAUAUCCUUCAAUCCUGGAAUUUGUAUAUGGGCAGGGUCAAGGACUUGCUGCCCCCGAGAGGAUCAAGGAGAUUUUAGAGCAUUAUCUCCAGAUAGUUGGGGGAUUUCACAAGGACUAUUUUAUGUCUUUAAGAACACCCAUCUUCAGUGCACGUUUGGUGAAGUUUCGGAACGCUCCACCUACUACCUCCUACCCGAAGACGUUCCACAUGUUCAUGAAACUCCCGCCGGAGUUGAGAGGGAUGAUCUGGGAAUUCGCGGUUUGGACGCAGAACCGAUUCGUGGACACGUAUCGCCUACGAAAGAUCAUGUCAGCUCCGUGUCCCGCCUUAUUCCUUACUUGUAAGGAAUCUAGAUCCUGGACGACCAAGCUGUACAAGAGAGUCCGCAACGGCGAUUUACUUUACGGAAAAAUCAUGCCGGCUGCCCGUGCGGCGAGAGGGCCAGUCAUUUCGUUUGAAUGCGAUAUUAUGAAGAUGGGUGACUGGAGACACUGGAAUAGUCCCAAGCAUAAUUAUCCCAAAGAGGUAGCUGAACUACGUUCAAAAGAGCUACCCCUUCGACCGAUCCAUCAACGCAUCGAGGCCUUGAGCAGAUGGGGUUUUCACCGCGUUGUCCUAGAGCGCCCGCAUGAAGUACAUCCCGAACUGAUAUUCUACAAGAACUCGCGCAAGCAUCUCACCAACUAUCCGCAAUUCGGCGGGUACACUGGUUGGAGCUGGGAUUGGACGCAUAGUAUCGAGGAGGUGUGGACUAUCGACGGAAUCUAUAACUAUCUUGAUCAUAAGAUCCGAAGACAAGUCGCUCGUGUUUUCCCGCCAGUCCCCGGCGACGACUGCAUCUGCUCCCUUUGCGAGCGAGCCGAUACUGCGGUGAUAGUGAAGCUACCUUACAAGAAGCCACACCCCCUAGACUUCGCGGAGCAUGAGAGGAUCUUCGAAACGAUUAUUCCCAGCAGUUAUUGGGAGGAUGGUCCAAAGGACAAGGCACAGGGGCUUCAUGAAUAUUAGAUGAAGCCCUUAUAAGGAUUCCUUAUAUCGAACCUGCGACCGGAUCCAAGUUCCUUUGCAGGUAGUCACC